GGCGUCCAUCCAUUGGAUUCACGUCGCUUGCGAUCACGUCCAUAUAGCCAUUCCGAAGCGCACAGCACACAACACAAACACAACACAAACACAAACAACACACAACACAACACAACACUUACGGCCAAACCAGCAGCAGCCCACACACAACACAAAUACGCGACAACAGCACACAAUACAACCAUGGAGACACAGCUUCGAUCAACGCACGGGUGGGCGGGGGGCACCACGACCGAACAGCGGGUAGGCCUGUCGACACACACACACACAGAGAGGGAGAGGGACUUGUGUGUGCGGCAUGAGAGACAUGAACGAAUCGAUGGGCAUACAUCGUCACUCACUGACUGACCUGAUGAUGCAUGAAGGUGGGCGUGUAGAUGGGCACCGCCAUGGGGGUCGGCGUGGGACAGAUCACUGUCCUGUUCACAGCCAGGGCGGGGCUGCCAGCUCCUGCUGGGGCAAGGUACCUGCACGCACAAAGACAUCCCAUACAGACAAAGGUGACACCUCCUGUUGGUGCUGAUUGCCAGCUGGUGCGUUGCACACCUGUUCACUGGCAGUGGCCCGGGCUGGGGGGGCAGCCGUCUACCGUGGCCAGGUGCGCCUGUCGGUGGCACAGCGGGCAGAAGGCCUGCACCGGGCCUCACCUGCACGCACACAGAGAGACACAAUGGGUCACACAUGAGCGUCCUGUGGCCGCCCCGCGUCUCUUACCACUGGCUUUGGAUUCGUCAUUCUGGGGCUGGCAUGGUUGGUGGGGUGGACAAACGGCCGGCUUUGUGUGCCGGGGGGAGAAAACACCUGACGACUCGUACCGAGUCGCGGCUGCACACACAGCACAGCAAAUAGGUGGAUGAGCCCAUCCUCUAUGAAAGCCAUGCCGUGUUGGCUCUUACCGCUGCUUUGGGGGGCUGCGGCACCUCGGCGGUGGCUCGACGUCCUUGGGCGCCAGCCAUCUCCUCCUCGUCGACCGUCAGCUGCCGAAUGGCUGGGACCAUGGCCUCCACGCCGCCGCCAAGAUCAUCUUGCUCAGCACUGUCCAGCACAUCUGUUGUGAUUGUUGUGGUCCCCCGCUGCGAGGAGCGGUUGGGGACCCGGGCGCUGGGCAGCACACUGCUGACUUCCCGGUUGACAACUCUCUGUUGUGUAUGCAGAGGCACACGUAAAGCCGUGAUGCGUCUGUGUGUGUGUCUCACCUGCUGAAUGGGAUUGUUCCACAU